UUAGUGCAUCUCCUGAGGUGGAAAAUUUCUAUGUGUUGGGCCACUAUCCUUAACCAAAGAUGCAUCCAGACUUAUCUCCACACCUACAUACUGAGGAAUGUAACAUUUUAAUUAACUUAUUAAAAGAAUGCCACCAAAAGCACAAUGUCCUGAAAUUUUUUGGUCACUGUAAUGAUCUUGAUCGUGAGAUGCGGAAAUGCCUGAAAAAGGAGUAUGGAGAAAGGAGGGCCAAGAGCAGGGAAUUUGGAGAAGCUAAGCGACGGAAAUUUUCCAGUAUUUCAGAAGAGUCAGAAAACUGAGUUCUGCUUUCACCAGACAUCUUGGCUAAUAAAAGAAUGAACAUCUGGACAUACAGCUAGUAGCUGGAAGAAAGUCACCGUGUUUGAACUCAAUAGUUCUUAAACAAUGAACCCUUUUAUGAGCUGCAGAGAAAUUUGGAAACUGAUAGUAUAAGACUCUAGUAGUUGCAAGACUAAAAGACCGAACUUCCUUGCCAUCAACAAAACAUCAACAUUUGAAUAAUGACUAUUUGUUUAUU